AUGUCAGGAAUCACGGAUCCGAAUAAUGACCCCAAUGUGGGAUCCUCGCGCGGCGAUGCUUCGUCCACGUCGGGCGACGUCGUCAGCGAGCUCACGGGCGACGGAGGCUCAUCAGCCUCCGCCCUGAUCAUGACUCUCCUGCCAGCUUUAAUCUACGCUGGAUUUUUCGUUUUGAUCUUUUUGAUCUUCAGGCGGACGCAAAGGCGAUGGUAUGCGCCGAGAUCGCAUUUGCCAGAUCUACUGGAGCACGAACGGAGCCCAGAGCUACCGUCGGGCUGGAUUGAUUGGAUUACUCCAUUCCUGAAGAUUGAGGAUAACCACGUCCUCCAUCACUCGUCUCUGGAUGGAUAUCUAUUUCUACGGUUCCUUCGCGUCUUAUGUGCCACCUGCUUGACCGGAUGUCUCAUCACUUGGCCGGUCUUAUUCCCUAUUCAUGCCACCGGAGGCAAUGGCAAUGGCCAGCUAGAUAUCCUCAGCUUCAGCAAUAUAAAGAACCAAAACAAGUACUACGCCAACGUCAUCAUCGCUUGUGUGUACUUUACGUUUGUCUUCUAUGUCGUGACGCGCGAAAGCAUCUACUACGCCAAUCUACGCCAGGCCUACCUCAACUCCCCCGCCUAUACCUCCCGGAUCUCUUCGCGCACGGUCCUUUUCAUGUCAGUACCUCCGGACUACAGGAAUGAGAAAAAGCUGCGCCAGGUGUUCGGAAACUCUAUCCAGCGUAUAUGGAUCACCUCGGAGUGUGACCGGUUGUCCAAACUCGUAAAUGAGAGAGACAAGCUCGCCUUCCAGCUGGAAACCACCGAAACCAAGUUUAUCCGCCGGGCAAACAAGGCCCGCCAGGAGGCCAUCAAAAAGGGCAAAUCUUCCUCAGAAACCAACCCUGCCUGGUCGCACAAGGUUCAACGGCCCACUCACCGGCUCAAACUGUUCUUCGGUGAAAAGGUCGAUUCCAUUCACUGGUAUCGGUCGGAGCUGGCGCGGGUCAUAGAAGAAGUCGAUGCGCUGCAGAGAAAACACCAGGAAGGAGAUGCAAAGCAGCUCUCCGCCAUAUUCAUCGAGUUCAACACCCAAAAUGAUGCCCAGAUUGCCCUGCAGACUCUGUCCCAUCACCAGCCCUUUCACAUGACGCCUCGGUUCAUUGGCAUCGCGCCCCAGGAGGUGGUCUGGUCCGCGUUGAACUUGAGCUGGUGGCAGCGCAUUGUACGGCGGUUCGCUGCACAAGGGUUCCUGGCAGCAAUGGUGAUCUUUUGGUCUUUUCCUGCCGCCAUUGUCGGAACUAUCUCCAACGUGGAAUCCCUCGCCUCCCUUGUGCCAUUCCUGAGCUUUAUCUUGAAGCUUCCCAGCAUCAUCCUAGGAGCUAUCGAGGGCUUGCUGCCAUCUGCAGCUCUUGCGGCCUUGAUGUCCCUGGUGCCGAUUAUCUGUCGAGGUAUGUCUGUGCCAGACGAGCCGGAGUCCCCUCCCCUAGCUCGAGUCGAGCUGUUUACCCAAUCAGCUCAUUUUGUUUUCCAGGUCGUACAGGUCUUUCUGGUCACGACCUUGACGUCCGCCGCAUCGGCUGCCACCGCUCAGAUCAUCAAGAACCCCUUGUCGGCCAAGGACCUUUUGAGCUCCAUGGCUCUCGUACAAAUUGCCAGUGCCUUGGUAUUCAAGUUUGUCACCACCUUCUUCGCCUAUUCACCGCGUCGUCUCUUUCAGAAAUGGGGACAGUUGGCCAGCCUGAGCUGGGGCAGUGUGUUUCCUGUCUUCACCAACAUGGGAGUGAUUGCAAUUACCUACUCUUGCAUCGCACCUUUAAUUCUCGGGUUUGCUUUCGUUGGCCUGUACCUCGUGUACCAGGCCUACCGAUACAACUUUUUCUUCGUAUACAACAUCGACAUCGACACGAAAGGACUAGUCUACCCGCGAGCCUUACAGCAUCUCCUGACGGGCCUUUACCUGGCAGAGAUCUGCCUGAUCGGUCUCUGCGCAAUCAAGGGAGCCAUCGGCCCCGUCGUGAUCAUGGUGCUCUUUCUCAUUUGCAAUGUGCUCGCGCACAUCUCUCUCAACGACGCACUAGCCCCCCUGAACACCUUCCUCCCGCGGUCCUUGGACGCGGAAGAAGAAUAUCUCCAGCAGAAAGAGGACGAAAGAAAUGAGAUCAACGAGAUGCGCCGGUCGCGCAGGCUAGCGUUCUGGAGGUGGUUCCACCCGAACUUUCACAAGGAUUAUGCCAAUCUGCGCCAGAAAGUGCGCCGCAACAUUGCCACCGCCUCUUAUACACCGGAAGAGUUGCGCACCGCGUACUUCGAGCCAUGUGUGGUCUCGCCGACGCCCACGCUCUGGAUCCCCCGGGAUCCCUAUGGUUUUAGCAGGCAUGAGAUUCUGGAAACCGAUAAUGCGAUCAGUAUCACGGAUGAGGGUGCUCGACUGAACGAGAAGAACAAAAUUGUGUGGGCAAAAUAUGAUCCACUGCUUCCCGUCCGAGAGAAGAAGACUUUAUACUAG